CCAGCUCCUGCUGGGACUCAGCAGCUGCAGCGCCGUUAUUGCCCCGAUGGCGCUCAGGGCCGAGCCCCCUGAUGGGGGCUGGGGAUGGAUGGUGGUGCUCGCAGCGUUCUUCCAGUCGGCUCUGGUGUUCGGGGUGCUCCGUUCCUUCGGCGUCUUCUUCGUGGAAUUUGUGGCGGUGUUUGAGGAGCCGGCAGCGCGCGUCUCCUGGAUCGCCUCCAUAGGAAUCGCGGUGCAGCAGUUUGGGAGCCCAGUGGGCAGCGCCCUGAGCACGAAGUUCGGGCCCAGGCCCGUGGUGAUGACUGGGGGCAUCUUGGCUGCGCUGGGAAUGCUGCUUGCCUCCUUUGCUACCUCCUUGACCCAACUGUACCUGAGUAUUGGGCUGCUCUCAGGCUCUGGCUGGGCCUUGACCUUUACUCCGACUCUGGCCUGCCUGUCGCGUUACUUCUCUCGCCGGCGAUCUCUGGCCACAGGACUGGCACUGACAGGCGUGGGCCUCUCCUCCUUUGCAUUCGCCCCCCUCUUCCAGUUGCUGCUCAGCCACUACGCCUGGCGGGGGGCCCUCCUGUUAGUGUCUGCCCUCUCCCUCCACCUGGUGGCCUGCGGUGCCCUCCUCCGCCCACUUUCCCUUGCUGAGGACCCUGCCACAGGUGGCCCCAGGGCCCAAGUCACCUCCCUUCUCCAACAUGGUCCCUUCCUUCGUUACACUGUUGCCCUCACCCUCAUCAACACUGGCUACUUCAUUCCCUACGUCCACCUGGUGGCCCAUCUCCAAGACCUGAGUUGGGACCCACUGCCUGCUGCCUUUCUACUCUCAGUGGCUGCCAUGUCUGACCUCGUGGGGCGCGUAGCCUCCGGCUGGCUGGGAGAUACCAUCCCAGGGCCCGUGGCACGACUCCUGAUGCUCUGGACCACCUUGACCGGAAUAUCACUAGCCCUGUUCCCUGUGGCUCGGGCGCCUACAGCCCUGGUGGUCCUAGCUGUGGUCUACGGCUUCACAUCAGGGGCCCUGACUCCAGUGGCCUUCUCUGUGCUGCCUGAACUGGUGGGAACUGGAAGGAUUUACUGUGCCCUGGGACUGGUGCAAAUGGUAGAGAGCAUCGGAGGGCUACUGGGGGCUCCUCUGUCAGGCUACCUCCGGGAUGUGACAGGCAACUACACAGCUUCUUUUGUGGUGGCUGGGGCCUUCCUUCUUGCAGGGAGUGGAGUUCUCAUCACCCUGCCACACUUCUUCUGUGUCUCAGCUCCUACCUCCAGGCCCCAGGACCUAGUGAAAGAGGCACUGGAUACCAAAGUCCCCCUGCCCCUGGAGGGGUUAGGAGAGGACUGAACUCCAUGAACAGGCAGUCAGGCCCAGAAAGCAGAGCUCCAGGUCUCCUGUCCCAUCUUGGCAUCCACAGAACCACAGUGCCUUAAAAUUCUUGAUCUGCCUCCCCCAGAGCAGGCCUCGGACCAGCUGCGACGUGUGUGUGCGACGUGUGUGCCAACAUUUAUGUUUCUCUGAGAACUCUUACUUCUUUUCCACUCCCCCAACCUUUUCUGGAGGAUCCAGGAAUUCCUGCUCCACUGACCAAUGAAUCCACUGUGGAAAUCAAAGACCAGGAAAGAGACUGACUGUGUUUUACAUGUGAUCUCUAGGGUUGCCGCCUGUGUUUCUACUUGGAAGAUACAUGUUCAGGAAACAAGGAUGUCUCUUUGAGAUAAACCUGACUAAGAAAACUGGAUAAUCAUAAUCUCACGCAGAGCUGAGGCCAUAAACUCGGGUGGACUGGGAAUGGAGGGGAGGUGUUCAGGAGCUCUGAUUACCCAGAGUUGUUUGUUUUUCAUUUGCUAUAGGGCAUGUGCUCACCAGAGAGAGACAGAGACAGAGAGAGAAAGUGAGAAAACACCCUCGAGGGGUAGGAGUGGGGGGUGGGGGAGGGACUGAACGGCCAUGCCCAGUCCCAUCACCAUUCUCUCGGAUUUGGGGCACACCAGGCAUGUUUCUCACGCUGCCAGGUCCAGAAUGUAAACCAUAAGGUCAGCCACGUGAGAUCCAGCCACCUGAACCACACCACCACCAGCUGGCUCACUGACGCAGAAGACUUUAAUCCUGGACUCUGCUCUCUGGGCCAUGGUUCCUCCCUCUCACUCACUCCCCUCCCUCUCCCCUGCUAUCCCUGUGACUUAGAACAGAAAUGGGAGACCAGCAGUUAGCGUAAUGGCUAUGUCGCUGGACUCUCAUGUAGUCGACUGUGGUUUGAGUCCCCGUGGCCUAAACUC